CGGGGUCGGCUCAAGGAGCCGCCGGAAGCGGAAGUCGCUAAGGGGUGGGGGAGUUGUUAGGAAAGUAGCAGGUUUUCCUCCCACUUCUUAGUUUCCAUUCCCGGCUGCCGGAGCGGCUUGGGGCGGACUUUGAGACCUCUCCGGUUCUGCUGAUCUGCUGGAACCGGCUCCCAGCCCGCGCCAACGUCUAAAGGGCGUGAUAACACUGGUCCUCCGACCCUUCCCAAGACCCCCGCCAUGGGCAACACGAGCAGCGAGCGCGCCGCGAUGGAGCGGCAGGGUGGCCAUAAGACACCCCGGAGGGACAGCUCAGGUGGCACCAAGGACGGGGACAGGCCCAAGAUCCUGAUGGACAGCCCGGAGGACGCCGACCUCUUCCACUCCGAGGAGAUCAAGGCUCCAGAGAAAGAGGAAUUCCUGGCCUGGCAGCAUGACCUGGAAGUGAAUGAUAAAGCUCCUGCCCAGGCUCAGCCCACAGUGUUUCGAUGGACAGGAGGUGGAAAAGAAGUUUACCUAUCUGGGUCCUUCAACAACUGGAGUAAACUUCCCCUCACGAGAAGCCACAAUAACUUUGUAGCCAUCCUGGAUCUGCCAGAAGGAGAGCAUCAGUACAAGUUCUUUGUGGACGGUCAGUGGACGCACGACCCUUCUGAGCCAGUAGUAACCAGCCAGCUUGGCACAGUUAACAACAUCAUUCAAGUGAAGAAAACUGACUUUGAAGUAUUUAAUGCUUUAAUGGUGGAUUCCCAAAAGUGCUCCGAUGUGUCUGAGCUGUCCAGUUCCCCACCAGGACCCUAUCAUCAGGAGCCCUACGUGUCCAAACCGGAAGAGCGGUUUAAAGCUCCACCCAUUCUCCCGCCACACCUGCUCCAGGUCAUCCUGAACAAGGACACAGGGAUUUCCUGUGACCCAGCGCUUCUCCCAGAACCCAACCAUGUCAUGUUAAACCACCUCUACGCACUGUCCAUCAAGGACGGCGUUAUGGUGCUCAGUGCGACCCACCUAUACAAGAAAAAGUAUGUGACCACCUUACUAUACAAGCCCAUAUGAAGUGCUGGGAGCCGACAGAGGGCCUGGGGACAGCUGGCACCACCAGGCCCUCAUGUGCAUGCUUUCCACUAGAGGAAUGGACUGUCCACUUCCCGUUUCACACACUCUCUAAGCCAUUUCAUACCUGCCCUACUCCUACUUGAAGGUUAACCAGGUGCCUCAGCUCCAGGAGAGCCUGGUUCUGUAACAGUCCUCUGAGAGCUCGGUCGAGUACCUCGGGAGCUCAGCAGGGCUGCCAGAGGCAGAAGAGAAAGCAAGGGGCUGCAGCCCUGAAACAGUGCACAAGGCCAGGUGCGGCUCUACACACGCGCCCCUCUGAGCUGGUUGUAGAUAUUGUUAAGCCAAAAGUAAAUCCUAGUCACCUUGCUGGGAAAAGUGUGGGAAGCAGGGACUGAAGUCACACAAAAUUUCUGAUUGUGCAUCUUUAAGGUCACUGGCCUGUCCCUUCUGAGGCCUGGCUGGGGAGCUCAGAGUAAGUCCCAUCUUGUCUGUCCUUCCAAAUCAAAGCAAUAGAUUGCCUCUUUCUCUGCUUCAGGGAGGUAUAAUUUCUAUUGAAAUUAAAAACUAUCUGAUUUCCAGAUGAAUUUUUACAGUUGUUUCCUACACUGUGUGGAUUAAAUAACACUUUUGUAACCAGAGGUGGCUGGCUGUGCAGCCUUAAGGCAGUAAGUCAGCGCAGCUAGAAUGUAGAUCAUGUGACUACGCUCAGCAAUAAUCUAUUCCCAGAAUAGACUUUAAACCUGCCGCUGAUUCCUCCAUGGAGCCGGAUGAUCCGGAGGACUGACCAUCAUUAGCUGGAAGGCUGUCCAGCUCUUUGUUCCAAUCAUAAUGUGAUGACAGUGUUACCAUGACAACUUCGCAGAAGCACUCGAGCCUCCUUUCAGUUCUGUCUUGUGCCAUCAGGGAUUCAGAGCCGACAGCAGCCUUCAGCAUUCACUCCAGGAGAACAUCUCCAGCACAGUGGACCUCUUUUGGCACUGUUUCCAGGGAGAUUCCCCCCCCAGAUGCCCCGUUGAUACAGUUUCUUGUCACCCAGUCAGCAGAAGUUGUCAUUAUGCCCUUUGUUCUUGUUGGGAGAGGGAGGAACAAGCUCACUAGUGUGCAUUAUUUAUUUGGUAAACCUGAGUUCUGGUACCCUUUUUUGUUACUGUUUUCAAAACACUGAAUUGCUGUCACCUUGACAUAUAAGUUUUAAUAAAGCUUUGUAAAUAUAA